GAGACUCCGCACGGACAUGUUGUUUUUGUUGGGGCAUUUUGGGGCUUUGUUAAUUUAUUUUGGCACCUCUCAACACCCCUCAUCACCAUCAAUGCACGCAUCCACUCACUUACACUACUGAUUAAACACCAUUGUUACUUGUAUAUAAGUUACUUUAUUUAAUACAUUUGUGUUAAUUCUUUCUUAGUCGUCUCUUUGUUACAGGCAGGUGCUUAUUGCACAGCGCAUUGUACUACUAUUUUUGGAGAAGAUAGUAUCGCAAGUUUUUACGAUAUGUCUAGGCUAUGCCAUAUGUAUUAGCUAAUAUGCAUAUGCAGCUGUUGUUUUGAAACAUCCAUUCUAGCAUAUGUAACACACCUUUCUAUCUCCAAGCUUUUAUUUGGUUUUCUAUGCAAAGUAUAUGAUUUAUUAUGCCUGCAGUCAGUUACUUGAAAUUACAUGUAAUCAUGCCAAAACAUGAUUCAAUUGUAUUCACUGACAGAGUGAUAACUAAUGACACACACAGACAUUAGGAUUGUGAUUUGACAUACAAAAGUUAUUUUUGUGAAAAUGCUUUUUAUCUGCCUUCCCAAUGGAAACUAGUUCAAAUCUAUUUUCUAUGUAAAGAUAUGUACGUUUCUGGAUGAUGCCACAUGCUGCCUUGUUGACAACUUGACCGAGUGGCGUAUAUUACUGUUAGAUUUGAGAAGGACAGAUUUGAGAAGGACGUUCCUCCUUCACCGCUUUUGCCCUUUCAUGUCACGGGCCAUAGAUGGGUGCACCAUGGCUCAGGGAGGCUGAGGGCUUCAAAGAUCAAGGAAAUGCUUUCUACGUCAAGAAGGAUUAUUCUGAGGCAUUUAACUACUACACAAAGGCCAUUGAUGCAUGUCCUAAAAACGCCAGUUACUAUGGAAACCGGGCGGCCACUCUCAUGAUGCUGUGCCGCUUCCGAGAGGCCCUGGUGGACUCCCAACGGGCCGUGCGGCUGGAUGACUGUUUCAUGAAGGGCCAUCUGCGAGAGGGCAAGUGUCACUUGUCUCUGGGCAACGCCAUGGCAGCCAGCCGCUGCUUUCAGAAGGUCCUGGAACUGGAGCCCAGCAACAGCCAGGCGCAGCAGGAGCACAAAAAUGCCACAGCAGUACUGGAGUACGAACGAAUGGCAGAACUUGACUUCGAAAAGAGGGAUUUCAGAAAGGUGGUGUAUUCUAUGGACAAGGCCCUGGGAUUGGCGUCCACCUGUCAUCGCUUCAAAAUCCUCAAGGCUGAGUGUUUGGCCCUACUGGGUCGCUACCUAGAAGCCCAGUCUGUGGCCAGCGAUAUAUUGAGGAUGGACUCGACUAACGGAGACGCUCUGUACGUGCGAGGCCUGUGUCUGUACUACGAGGACUGCAUCGACAAAGCUGUGCAGUUCUUCGUGCAAGCACUGCGAAUGGCCCCAGACCACGAGAAGUCUCGGCUAGCUUGCAGAAAUGCCAAAGCUUUGAAAGCCAAGAAGGAGGAGGGAAACAAAGUGUUCAAGAACAGCAACUUUGAGGCAGCCUACCGGCUCUACUCGGAGGCCCUGGCGAUAGAUCCCAACAACAUCAAAACCAACGCCAAGCUCUACUGCAACAGAGGCACCGUCGGGGCUAAGCUGAAUAAACCUGAUCAAGCAAUCGAAGAUUGCACAAGUGCAAUAAAGUUGGACGACACAUAUAUCAAGGCCUAUUUGAGACGAGCCCAGUGUUAUAUGGACAUCGAACAGUAUGAAGAAGCUGUACGGGACUAUGAAAAGGUCUACCAGACAGAGAAGACUAAAGAACACAAGCAUCUCUUGAAGACGGCUCAGUUGGAACUGAAGAAGAGCAAGCGGAAAGAUUACUACAAGGUUCUGGGGGUGGGAAAGAACGCCACAGAAGAUGAGAUUAAGAAGGCCUAUCGGAAACGGGCCCUCAUGCACCACCCAGAUCGUCACAGUGCGGCCACGCCAGAGGUACAGAAGGAGGAGGAAAAGAAGUUUAAAGAGAUGGGCGAGGCCUUCACUGUGCUCUCUGACCCCAAGAAGAAGACUCGCUAUGACUGCGGCCAUGACCUGGAGGAGGACAGCAAUAAUAUGGGAGAUUUCAAUGCCAACAACAUCUUCAAGACCUUCUUUGGAGGCCCAGCAGGAGGAUUCAGUUUUGAAUCCAAUCACAACCAAGCACCUGGAAAUGUAUUUUUCCAGUUUGGCUAGAAAUGAAGAAUGCCAUUGGGAAUGCUGUAGCCCUGUGGUGGACAAUAUUAAGUCGGACGCACCCUCAACCUGAUUUUUAUGCUCCCAAUGUUUUUUGCAAAAUGUUGCUUUCACAUGCUAAAAAGACACUCAGUGUUGUUAUCUGAGCGAGAGAGAUGGUGCUCAUCAUGCUUGGCAUCUUCCUAAAAUCUUUUUGGCUGUUACCACCACAUUUGACAAUAUCCUCUUCAAAUUCAAACUGACAAGGGCGACUUUUGGUAGGUUUAGUAACUAAGAACGUAGCAAAUUAAAUAGGUUAAAGGUUUUUUGACAAGGGGGUUUCGGAAAAACUUGAAUCCUCAGGAAAUUGUCUUGAUUCUCUUUUGUGAGUAUUUGUCGCAAAGCAUGUUUUGAAGGCAUGAAAUAGGAGUACUGUUGCCAAAAUAUACAUUUCAUUGCUUGAAUGGAAAAUGUUUGCUGUACCUGGAGCAAGUAGAGCUUUGUAAAUGAACACAUGGGAGUGCAACUCCGUUGUUAGUUUUAGUAGGUCGCAUGAUUUUUUCAUUCACGCCACAUAGAGGUCGCCCGGAAACACAAAGUUAGCAUGGGAAUCAUUUGGCGGUAAAGCAGAAACUGACCUUAGGGCAGAGCCUAGGAACUACUUCAGUCCCAUGUAGAAUGAGGCCCGUUUUCAUUUGUUGGAUUUUCCUGCAGACUCAAACUACAGUUUCAUGUUAGUCUCCAUUUUGCUCAUUGAUGCAUUGUGCAUUUUACUGGCAUGUUUUAAGUCUUAUUUUGUGCUCCUAAUUUGAUUUGAGAUUUUGUUCAGUUCUCUUAAAUGUAUUUAUUUAUUGUAUAUUCAAACUGUAUCCAUCUCAAUGACAGUGUUGGUGAUAUUCCAUUUGAUUUCUAAUGUUUUCUAUUGAAUAGGAUGUAAAAAAACAUAUCCUUGACCCACGUAUGUAAAAUUUUGACCUCUUAAUAGAUCUAUUUUUCUCCAUGUGAUUUUCUAGCAUUGCUUUGGCCCCAUAAUACGAUGCAUCCGGUUUCAACUCCCAAGUGAACGUUUGAAACUUCAGCAGCUAGUCUUGUAGAUCAGUUUCUACAAACUAGUAGAGGAACUGUGUAGCAGAUAGUCAGUCCCUCACAUAAGUGGUGCCUUAGAUGUUGACUAGACUGGACACGCUUGCGUGCAAAUGUUAAUUUUGUCCAUCUUUUUCUUUUUAUUGAACCUUUAUUUAACUAGGCAAGUCAGUUAAGAACAAAUUCUUAUUUACAAUUAUAGCCUAGGAACAGGCCAGGAGCAGAAUGACAGCUUUUUACCUUGUCAGCUCUGGGAUUUGAUCUAGCAACCUUUCGAUUACUGGCCCAACGCUCUAACCUCUAGGCUACCUGCAGACAUGAUCAGGACACGCAGGUUGAAAUAUCAAAACGAACUCUGAACUAACUAUAUUACUUUGGGGAGAGGUCGAAACACAUAAAAUGUAGCUAGCUACCUUGCUGUUGCUAGCUAAUUUGUCCUGGGAUAUAAACAUUAGGUCCUUUCUUUCUGGAUCUUUGUAGAAUUUUGGCCAAAUUGAGUCACACAAAUGUGUGUGUUCUCCUCUGUCAAUCCACAUAUAGGAGUGGAAACCUUGGUGGUUUCUAGUAAUCUCUCCUUUAGUUUUCUUCCUCCUUCUGUGAACUUUAUAUGGCAGUUGGUGACCAACUUUAAGAUGCAUUACCACCAACUGGACUGGAGUGGGAACCUCAGUUCAUCCUUCAAUCACCCAUGUGGGUAUAUUCUCCUGAAAAUGAAUGAGGAGAUUGGAGAGGUGGGACUUGCAGCGUGUCACGAGUAAAAAAUAGAACCGUCUUCUAUUUUAGCGCCUAGCUACUCAGACGCUCGUUGACACGCACAAGUUGUUUGGAUGAAAUGAUUGAAUAAUGUAUGUGUACAUUUAUUUUGCAAUAAUGACCCUACUGACUGACGUUGCUUAAACACAAAGGUUGAGAAACUCUCGUAAAGUGUGCUAACUAAAGUCACCUAUUUUAAUUGUAAUUUUACUUUGAAGAUGUUUAAAUUUAAAAUCUGGCCAGUCUAGGCAAUGGGAUCUUGAAAGACGAUACUUGACAAAAAAACAGAUCGCUUUUAUUCUGCUUUUGGGGAUUGUCAUCAUGCCUUGUAUCUGUCAUGAACGUUUGGUCAGUAUGUCCCUCUCAAUCUGUGUGCUUCUCACCUGUGUGCCAGGUGGUAGGUUGAAAACGUGAACAGAAACGCUACAUUUUCAUGAUCCUAGUACCUGUGUACCUUUUUUUUUUUUUUUAAGAAUAUGCCUCUGUACAAUGUUUUGGUUGAAGGAAAUAAAAAUGAAUCUUUUCCCCUUA